GAAGAGAAGAAGAAACUAAACAACCAUGACUUACAAUGAAAAGGCCCAGCGGCAGCAGUGGAACGCCCGUACUGUCCUCUCCAGGUGGAGCAGGGCUCAGGAGAACCAUAUGGAGUUUGGAGAGGCAGUAAUUGCACUGAAGGCCCGCCCCUCUGCCCUGCAGAGUACCAUUCACGAGUCCUACGGUCAGGCAGAGGAGCAGGUGCUCAUCAACCGCCAGGACGUCAUGAACAAAGUGGAUGCCUGGGACGUGCAGGAGUUCAUCACUCGCAUGUUCAUCAAGCAGCUGCUUCAACACCCUGCCUUCCAACUGCUGCUGGCCGUGCUGCUGGUGAUCAACGCCAUCACCAUCGCUCUCCGUACCAGCUCCUACCUGGACCAGAAACACUAUGAGCUGUUCUCUACCAUAGAUAACGUUGUGCUGACCAUUCUUAUCUGUGAGGUUCUCCUCGGCUGGCUCAAUGGCUUCUGGAUUUUCUGGAAGGACGGAUGGAACAUCCUCAACUUCAUUAUUGUUUUUCAAUUACUGUUGGGAUUCUUCAGCAAGGAAAUCAAUAUCCCCUCCAUCAACUACACUCUCAGGGCACUUCGUCUGGUGCAUGUGUGCAUGGCGGUGGAGCCCCUGGCCCGGAUCAUCCGCGUCAUCCUGACGUCUGUGCCUGACUUGGCCAAUAUCACGAUCCUCAUCCUCUUCUUUAUGCUGAUUUUUUCCGUGUUUGGGGUAACCCUCUUUGGUGCAUUCGUGCCCAAGCACUUCCAGAACAUGCGGGUGGCACUGUACACCCUCUUCAUCUGCAUCACCCAAGAUGGCUGGGUGGACAUCUACAGUGACUUCCAGACAGAGAAGAGGGAGUAUGCAAUGGAGAUUGGGGGUGCUAUCUACUUUACCAUCUUCAUCACCAUCGGUGCCUUCAUUGGCAUCAACCUGUUCGUCGUCGUGGUGACCACCAACCUGGAGCAAAUGAUGAAGGCAGAAGAGCAGGGACAACAGCAUCGAAUAAUCUUCAGUGAGACAGGCGCAGAGGAAGAGGAGGAUGAGAACCAGCAGCUGCCAGUGGUGCACUGUGUGGUGGCCCGCUCGGAGAAAUCUGGUCUCCCCCAGGAACCCCUUGUGGGGGGGCCCCUGUCGAACCUCAAUGAAAACACUUGCGACAACUUUUGCUUGGUGCUUGAGGCAAUACAGGAGAACCUGACGCAGUACAAGGAGAUCCGAGAUGAGCUCAACACGAUCGUGGAGGAAGUGCGCGCAAUCCGCUUCAACCAGGAGCAAGAGGCAGAGGUGUUGCAGAGACGCAAGACAAACGGGUCGUUGGAGACUAUGUCAUCCAAGGACCUCCGCCAUAAGUCUCACCAGCAAGACUUGCUCAGUGCGCUCAUUGACAUGGAAAAGGUUCAUGACUCGAGCUCACAUAUACUCCUUAAAACACGCAAGAGCAGCCACUAAGAGGACAGGAUGGGAGCCAAGGGGCCUGCACACAUACACUCCCAGCUGCUGCGUCUUCCUGUGCCCUUGGUGUGGCUUGGCACAGCCUGGCCAGAGGCCAUCCUCUCCCUUACACCUGGGCAGAGGCCAGGGACUGUGAAGGUGGCAGCAUCCACAGGGCUUGUGCCUGUGAGCCCUAGGUCCAGAGGAGCCAGGACAGAGAAGGAUGCUGGAUGAUGAGAGUGGGAAGCCUAGCAGCAAGGAUGAACACAGAAGGGGGUGCUGGCCAAUGCAGCCAGGAUUUGACCUAAUGAUGGGCAGCCCUGGCCCCUGCUCUCACCCAGAGCUGGUGGGGAGCCUCAGUGGGCCCCAGCACCAAGAAGAGAAAGGCCAGGCCAGUGGGGCCAGACAUCUGUGUAUUGACAAUAAAGUUUUAUGUUGGAA